AUGUUAAAUUCUAACUAUUCGACUCCUGUCAAACAUAUCGUACUCACUCCCAAAUAGGAACUCAUUUGUAAUUAUAAUCUGCUGAUGAAUCACUACCAAGAAUUAGAAUCCUAAUCCUAGAUUAAUAAUCAAAGUCCAGAUGAUUAAUUAAGAUAUCAACAAAUUAUAUCCAAAAUAGACAAGGUUCUAAAUGACAUUAUAAAUAAUAUUGCUGAACUUCAAAAAUCGACUUUGAAAGAUUACUCUUCAUUCCUGCUAGAACUAAGAACCCAAAGAGAAAAUUACGGAUAAAAGAUGGAGAAUGAUAUCAAAAAGUAAUAAAUCAAUUAUUUCGACGAAAUCGAAAAAAAAGAAUAACAAAGACAAAGUAUGUAUUAGUCUUCAUUUAAAAUUAAUGACACUCCUUAAUUAAUACCUAUAACUUCAACAAUGAACAGCAAUUCCAACUCUUUGCCAUCUACAUACUACCAAUCAUCGUCAUUGCCUGUUCAAAAAACAAAAGACAUCUAGUAUUAUAGUUGUCAUAAAUAGUUAUAGAAUAAUUAAGAUCAAAAUUCAGCCUUUAAACAAAUCUAACCAUAAUACUAAUAAUUACAACCAUCUAAUUUUAGAUUCAAGACAUCUCCUCCAAAACAACACUUUCCUCAUCAAAUCUUAAAAAGAAAAGAAGUUAAUGAUAUUGAACCACCCCCUUAUGUACAUCACUAAUAAUAAGGAACAUUGCAAUCCUUGGAUUUGUAGUUAACUCAACCAUCGGUGCCUCUUUUUGAUUAACAUCAGCCAUUAAACUAUAAUCAUUUUACUUCUCCAGAUUAGUCCUCCUUGUAUGAUGACUACGAGCAAUUCAUUUCCUCAGAUUUAUCUUAAUCCCAAAAUAAAAAGUAUCAAAAAAAGAAGAUAUUUGAUGAUGAUCAAAGUGAGAGUUUCAAAAAAAAUUAACCUCAUUAAUCAAACAUUACAUUGAAUUAAUAAAACCGCCUUAAAUAGAAUGUCACUUUCAAUUCAAAUGUGGUACCAAUUAACAAUAGUAUCAUACCCACUAAGUCUAAUACAAAGGGGAAUAGAUUAGACUCAUAGUAAAAUUAUAUUAAUGAUUUACUCGGCAAUUUGGGGUAUGAUCAAUUCUAUUAAUAUCUUUGUUAAAGGUAUCCUGUAUAAAGAAUCAUAUAAAAGUUCUAUUAGAGUAAACAGAAUUAAGCAGGUUUGAAAUAGUAAAAUUAAGCUUUAGAUUUCAUGUCAUACAUAUAUUGUACACAAUGCGAUCAAUUUAUUUCAAUUAAUUAAGCCAAUAAUCACACCAAUUUUUGCAUGAGCAACAAAUCUCAUUUGCAAAAUCAGUAGAGGAAGUAUUUGGAUUAUUUCAUUUGCUGUAAUGGAUCUUUAAAUAAUAAGAAUGAAACAGAAGAACAGAAGUUUAAAAGAAUUGUAAAUGACUUGGCCAAGAUAAGGUAUUUAAUGGAAAUAGAAUUGAAAAUCAAUGAACCCCUAACUGAGAUUCAGUAAAAGUAGUAAGAGUAUUGUUGGUUUGCUUUGGAAAUCUUAAAUUUAAUAAUAGAGAAUCCACAGAAUUUAUCAUUUAAUUAAUAAGUUUUGGAUUUAAUCAGCAUUUAUUAAGUUUUGGAUCAAUAGCAAUGCAACUUCUAUCAACAGUUUGUAUUCUUAUUACAAAAGGCAAAUGCAAAACUAUAGAAAAUAAUAUGA